AUUUUGCUGCUCCAUUUUUGUAUGUCACAUAUUUUCGCGUAGCAAAAUGGUUAUUUACGAUGCAGCGCCUCGUCCGUGUAAAGCAAUCGAUUCGAUUCAUUUCUUGCCGUUUAACAUGAAGGAAAGGAAGAUUAGAUUAGAGACAAGGUAAUGAUAUAGCUCGAAAUUUUGCAAUUCUGCCGUUUGAAUUAGUCACCGGUUAAGUUGAUCCGGGUUCAAUUGAAGUCGCCCUUAAGGAUUAGUCAUAUAGUAUAGACAGUCGCGAACGCGAACGUGUUCGCCCGUUGCAAUAUGCAUAUUGGAAAGUGAAAUGUUGCGUUUCACCCAAUCAACCGAUCGGUGGGGGUCGUAGGCUGCGGCGAAGAUGUAGGGAUCACGCAGUUUACGGUGUUUGACCCACUAACAUUCUCCUCAGUUACUCGGCGCGGCGGCCCCGAUAAUCCGCGCGUGCUGAGUACCUGUGAAAUUACAUCGGAGACAUUCGACGGUAAAAAAUAAAAAAUAAUAAUGCGUCGACAUCACGGUCUUCUGUUAUCACUCUCGACGUGCCUGGCGAUGGUUCUCAUCGUUCUGAACACGCGGUCGUUCACGGAAUCACUCGGGUCCGCGAUCAUCGCCGAGAAACGUAGCGCGUUGAAGGAGCAAGAAGUAUCGCGUGCCGAUGAUCGAUGGACCACCCGCAGCCAGGCGCGCCGGUACGUCACACCGUCCCUCGCUGAAUUGGGCGACUUGCCGUACAAGCACAAGCACGUUCUCAUGCUGACACGCAUACCUGGUGCGGGCGCCGAGCUGAUGGUCCUGAUCCUGCAGCGGUUGCAAGGGUACAACGCUUUCAAGCACAUACGUCUACCACCAGGCGAUCAUGGACUCUUGUCAACUUCGCAGCAGGAGUUGCUGGUGGAAGAAAUUACGGGUAUCAUCAGACAAGAAGCUAUUCCCUUAACUUUCGACGGGGACGUAAGAUUCCUGAAUUUUUCGGAAUUUGGACGGCAAGGGCCUACCUUUAUAUCUUUAGUAAGAGAUCCUUUGGACCCACGAAUCUGGCAAAGGAAUAAAAAAGGAGAGGAAGAGAUGCUUUAUCAUGGGGUUAUACCUUAUUUUUGUGGGCAGGAUCCGCGUUGUAUGGAACAAAAUAAUACGUGGGCGACGGAACGAGCUAAAGCAAAUGUUAUUCGAUGGUAUCCUGUUGUUGGCAUAUUGGAUUACAUGGAGGAAUCGCUAAACGCGCUUGCAGCCGAAUUUCCCUAUUUUUUCAAGGGCGCUAUACGUGUCUAUGAUCAUUUUCGACCAAAGGAGAAGCACUCGUCCAUCUUUUCGGCAACUUUAAAGCUACGAGUUAAAGACGUGGCCUUGAGAAAAGUGCUCGCACAGGAGGUAGAUUUUUAUCAAUGGCUGAAAUCCCGACUUCUCGAUAAAGAUUUCAGCAACGGCUGAAAAUACAGUCAAAUAAAAAUGGAUAAAAUCUUUAAUAAUAAUCGCGACAUUUCACGAAUCUUCCUAAAAGGACUAAAAUAGAAAAAUAAAUUUUUAAAGUCGUUUCUCAUAAUUUCGUAGUUGUUAUACCAAAGAAGCAAAUGUGAACUUCUCGUGCCAUCUAGAGUUUGAUUCUGUAACCAUUUACAUCAUCCUACGUAGAGGAUAACUCUUCGUCAAGUACUACGGUACGUAAAUUGUAUGCGAUUUUAACGAAUUGUAGCGUAUCUUGGAAUAAUCAUGAUAACUUGAUGUGCAUGCAGUAGAACGCAUUCGCACAUUAUGAAUAAUUUAAAUGUCAAUGUAGUUUAAUAUUUGUAGAAUAAAUACAGAAGAGUACAAAGAAAUGCUUUACGUACACGUCAUCUCCUUUCUUCUCAUUUUCCUUUUUUUCCCUGUCGGCACAUUUUCACAACCAAAGACAAAAAAUAUAGAAUGCAAUCUACAUAAUCAGCUAAUUAUGUACACAGAAAUAAACAUGAAAUGCUAUCUCCUUUUUUUAUG